GGUAUCAAAUUAUCGUGUCAGUCUUCGUUCUUAAUGAAAACAAAAUUUUGUUCUCUUACAACUUUCGCAUUCCUGUGGGGACCCAUGUUGCGAAGCGAAGCAAAUGCAAAACGGCUAUAAGUGCGUCACUUCCGCUAAUCAUAUGGGCCAAACUUCCGGAAACAAAAAACUAACGAAAUGUACUUACAUGGCCACUUCUUGGAGCACAAGCAGUGAUGAAAGUAACGGUGCUCCAACUGAUUUUAAUGUUUCGUCUUCUCUCGAGUCUAGCAACGGACGAAGUAGCGUUGUAACGGAACGUUGUCCGGUCUGUGCGCAGUAUCGCAGAGUAUACUUCUGCCCAGAAUGCAUACAAAAGGGUGAUUUCACGCACAGCAAGGCUAAGUACCUCGAAAGAUUCGCGGAGAAGAAAUUGCGAUACAUACAACUUGAAAGACAGAAGACUGAACUAGCAAAAAGCAUCGAACAAAGGAUAAGUGGUACACUGAAAAAGAGCGCAAGGUUACAAGAAAUCAAGGAUGGCACAGAGCACUUGGAACUCUUGGGUUGUGCUCUCAGAGAAGCAAAGAUGCAAAAGGCUAGAGCUCAGGAACAGUUGGAUGAUCUGCGCACGGAAUGCCACGAAAAACGAACGUUUCUGGAAAGAUUUGUCGCCCGUCAAGAGAAGAGGCGACUGCAGGUAGAGAAGUUGAAGAAUUGCGCGGCAGACAAACGAGUCAGUCUGAAUGAGCGCAAGCAGAGGCUCAAGGAGGAAGUGAGGCGCAACCUUAGAGACCUGACGCAAUACAUUUUCCCCAUCAAGGAACAUUCUCCCCAUUCAAGCACAACUGCAAAGACUUACAUGGAACUGCAACAAGAAACAGAAGACCCGCUGUCGAAUGCUCUGCAAGAAGCGCAGCAGACAACGUAUGUUCGGGGUCAUUGGGUUACCCUGGCUGCACCACCCCCUGGGGCCACCUACUCUAUCGUGGAACCACGCCUUCCAGCACAUGGCGACUACUCGCAGUACUGCUCGUGGCUGGUGCAACAGCAGGAGUGUGCUUCGCCUCCGAGCGAUAAUCCUCGCAAUGUGGGUUACACGCUUUCUGCCGGACUAAUGUUCACCACACAGUUGGUGUCUGUGCUGUCCUUCUACCUUGAUGUUGGACUUCCCCACCAUCUGUGCUACAGGGAAUUUGGCAAUGGAGAGCCGAGCGACGAGGCAUUCAAGCACAGGGUGGCCAAGCUAAAUGCGAACGUCAUCCAUCUUUGUGCGUCGCAGGGCGUUGAUCCCCUGCAUCUGAGACCCAGGGCCACACUGCGGAAUCUUCUGUUGUUGCUGGACCCAGAGACUGCAGACCUGGGACGGUUAGAGGCAUUUGAACUGAGUCCAGAACUGACCAUGUCCGUAGAAGAAAACCUGUCGAGAGACCUGACGCUCUCGGGCAAUGACUCCGACAGCAACUCCGACGAUGCAAUCGGAGAGGAUUGGGAGAGCAUUUCGAACUUUGUCACGGGAAGUCCAGAAUUUCCGAGGGCAGCAUUUUCCACGACAACCGUUAUGUCCCGGCAAAUGAGCCAGAACCAGCCACCGCCACCGAGCCUGUUUUCGUCAGCUGCUGCACUAGUGACAAAUUUUUGGCGAACUGGACCAAAAUGAUUUCCUCCAUUUUGGUUCGAGAAGGACCAUUCGACACCUUCCUCAUCACGUUGAGACAUCACACUCCCCAGACAGAAGAAUAGCAGCACAUGGUGCUUUCAUGUGAUAUGUAAAUAAAACAUUUUGUACGCCCCUGC